AAUAUUCCUCCCCCCCCCCCGGCUUCUCUUUUCAUCCCCCUCUUUUCCAAACCCUCUUGAUGGAAGCCUUCGAUCAUUGAUCUCUGGGAGCGGGGAGAUUGGAGGCACUGGAGGAGGAAUUCUAGGAUUUUGUUUAGGUUUCUUGGUUCAUUCCUGGAGUUUUAGGGCAUUCCUUGGGCAAUCCGGAAUCCGGUUUCCGGCGCUUGGAACCCUACAUCUGAGGUUUAAGGAAUCGAGGAAGCAAUCGGGAUCUGUUUCAUUUGGGCCUGUCAACAUAUUCUGGCGCAUAACCGGAUUGUCCACGGCCUCGCCCGGUUUUCAGAGGAUGUUACCGAUAUGGAGAAGGGCGGCUUCCCAUCUCUCCGCCCUCGCAUCGCAGCAGAAUAGAUUGGGAGCUCGCCUUGUCGACCGGAGCUAUGCCAAGGUUGCUGCCGCUACCGCUCCCUCGAGUCCGCCUACUUCGCCCCCCAAGCGCGUUCCAAGCAGCCCAAAGGUCGGACUAAAUGCUUUGUUUUGGUCAAAGCCCUGUUCUCUGGCUUUGGCUCCGAACUUGCCUCUGAGAGUAGAAGAACCACAAUUUGAGGGCAUCCGACGAAUAAUGCUCAAGCUAUUGCUGUUUUAUAGUAAGCAGAGCAAGUCCAUUAGAGGGGCAAAUGUGGUAUAUCAACGAAUCAAAUAUCAGGUCGAUCGGCCUGCUAUUUAUGAUGUAUUUCACUUGGAAAGAACAUUUAAAACUACAUUUUCUUUGCUUGUGCUUCAUAUGUGGCUCUUCUUACGUCGCUUAAGAGAAGAGGGUAAGGAAGGAGUUCAAUUCGGACAAUACCUAUAUGAGAUCUACAAUCAUGAUCUAGAGUUGAGAGUGUCCAAGGCUGGGGUUAACUUGCUGUUGACAAAGUGGAUGAAGGAUCUAGAAAAGAUAUUCUAUGGGAAUAUUGUUGCAUAUGAUGCUGCUAUGAGUCCUGAAGCUAAACAUGAUGAUCUUGCAAACGUGAUAUGGAGGAAUAUUUUUUCUGAUGAUGGCUCAGAGAUAUUAAAUAAUACUGCUGCUACUGCAGUCCAGGCUAUGGCUAGAUACACAAGGAGGGAGUCUACCUGCCUUUCAUUGACAGAUGGAGAAGCAAUAUUCUCUGGCAACUUCACGUUCACCUCAUUGGAAAACCAAACAUCUAAUCAAAAGAAGCCGACCAAAUGAACCCUAUGUGCCUUGGGAGAACAGUAUGUUUCAAGAGCGACAAAAUCAUAUGCUGAAUAAAAAUUUGUCCGGCCUUUGACUUUUUUUGGAACAAAAGGGUAUUCAUUAUUUGUAAUUUGCAUUGAUGGAUACAUUCCAACUCACUUAGGAACUUUAUUUUCUUGAGUGCCCUCAAAAUAUCCGGUGGAAUUAUUUGUAAGUUAGUAAACAUUUCUAUGUCAGAGAAUAGUUGGUGUACAGCCAUUAUGUGAUCAAUGUCAAGCUCCAGUAGGAAGAUACAUGACAAAAUAUUUGGCU